AUGGGGUACGACCUCGACGACAAUACCGCCUACAACAACUGUGUCUCAAAGUUGAAGCACCCGGACACCGAAAACUUCGUUGUCCGCUUCAACAGCGACAACGCACACUGCGGGGUCGACGUUGACCAACAGGAGGCGAUAGCAUGGCUGCAUUCCGAUCAUCGGCUUCCCAGCCAGCCAGUCUGGUUCAAUUUCUGGGCCUGUGACUCGCAGAGGCCCAUCAUUGCUGCCGUUGCGAAGAAGUACGACCUCUCGCCUCGCCUCAGUGCCCUGUUCUGCCCUCCGCGAUCAUUAAGGACGAUGAUCAAGAACCCAGCCAGUCCAUGUGCAACCGCCAGCAACGGCGUAGCGACAGGGACGACUCAGAUCCCUUCAACCGACCUCGAGAAGGGCAUUUCGAUACCGUCCCAAAGAGUACUCGGACAACAGCAACCCGUUGCCUCUGGAGGGCUGGAAGCGCUCAGUUUCGCCGACGUGGUCAACAACCUCUGGCAUUUCUGCUCCGUCGACUUUGGGCGACACUACAUCUACGUGGGGUUCAAUGCUCUUUUCUCCCUUCCUGGUAGCGACGACAACAACGAAAGCGACAAACCCUCGGGACAGAAAAUAUGGACGUCGUUGCUCUUCUGCGACGACGGCACUGUCGUCUCGGUCUUUGAGAGCCCGACCGAUCCCACAGCAACCGCAGUGACGAGGCGCAAUGUCCUUAACAUCUUUCGCCAUCUCUCCAAACUGCACGACAAGGACGGCGGCGCCGCACUGGACACUCUGAUGAAAGUGCGUGUCCGGUGGAACGAACAGUCGAGCAAAUCCGGCAACGAGUAUUCCGCCACGGAGGCGGCCAGUCUUUUGCUUUACUAUCUUUUCGACGACUGGCUUUCGACCUACGCUCUGAUCGCCCGGGUCGAACAUCCCUACCGCAGAAGGCUCGAGGAGCUGCGCCAGCUGAUGUUUGAGGCUGCCGAUGUGUCGCUGAUCAAGCAGGUGCACGAUGUCGGAAGGCAAUUGACUGUUUUGAAAUUGAUGUACCAGAGCUACGAACUCAUUGUCUCGCGACUGCUCUAUCGGCAUCGAUUGAGUGUCGUCCAUGCCAAUGCCAAUGCCAACACAUUCUCACCGGGCAAUGACUCCUGGGAACACCUCCGUAGCGACGACAUGUCUGGACCGGCUCAAGACGCACUGUUAUCUUCGUGGGGUGAAGAGUCCCAUUUGAGCGUCAAGUUGAGUCUGUCCGCCAUUGUACGGUUCGAAAGACUCCUCGAUCGGAUCAGACUGUACGCUUUGACUGAGAUCGAGGAGUGUUUGAAAGAGAAGGAGUCAUUGGUGCUUAUGAACUUCAAUCUGGUGGCUCUCAAGGAGUCUCAGGCAGUCGAAAGACUCACCAGGACCACCAUUCUGCUGGCCAAGGCGACGAUCCUGUUCCUCCCCGUGAGUCUGAUGACGGCGUAUUUCUCCGUCCAACUUCCGGAGAUCACGGAACUGUAUACCCUCAAGACGUACUGGUUGACGUUCUUGGUCGUCGCUAUCCUGUCCAUUGCAUUCUUGCUGGUCUUCGGCGUCACAACACACACCGUCGAGGGCAAGACGAUCUAUAAGUCAAUCACCCGAAUGCUCUGGGACAAGGGCAAGAGCAAGCGGAAAAAGCAGUAG